AUGUCCUGUCAACUCUGCUACUCACCACUCACUACCACACCACUCAGCAGUCUUCUUCUUCCUCCUCUGCCAUUAAUUGAUCAAGAAGAGCUUCAGCUAUCAGCAAUGGAGCCCAUCCCUCUCCUGACGCCGUACAAGAUGGGCCAGUUCGACCUCGCCCACAGGGUGGUGUUGGCGCCGUUGACGAGGCAGCGCUCCUAUGGCAACGUGCCACAGCCGCACGCCGCCGUGUACUACUCCCAGCGCGCCACCGCCGGCGGGCUGCUCAUCGCCGAGGCCACAGGGGUCUCCGACACGGCGCAGGGCUACACCGAUACCCCGGGGAUCUGGACGACGGAGCACAUCGAGGCGUGGAAGCCCAUCGUGGCCGCAGUGCACGCCAAGGGCGCGCUCUUCUUCUGCCAGAUCUGGCACGUCGGACGUGUGUCCACCUUUGAGCUGCAGCCCGGCGGCGCCGCUCCGCUGUCGAGCACGGAGAAGGGGGUGGGCCCGCAGAUCAGCUUCGAUGGGCAUCGGGAGGAGUUCUCGCCGCCGAGGAGGCUGACGGUUGAGGAGAUACCUGCCAUCGUCGACGACUUCAGGAAGGCCGCAAGGAACGCCAUCGACGCGGGUUUCGACGGCGUGGAGAUACACGGUGCAAACGGGUACAUCAUCGAGCAGUUCCUCAAGGAUAGCGCCAACGACCGCGCAGAUGAGUAUGGUGGCACCCUUGAAAACCGGUGUCGUUUCGCUCUCGAGGUGGUCGAUGCUGUCGUCAAGGAGGUCGGCGGCCGCCGUGUGGGCAUCCGCCUCUCCCCAUUCACUGACUACAUGGAUUGCCAUGACUCUGACCCCCACUCCCUUGCACUUUAUAUGUCCACCAAACUCAACGACCAUGACAUCCUCUACAUCCACAUGAUUGAGCCGAGGAUGGCCAUUGUGGACGGACGGAGAGUGGUGCCGAAGCGGUUGCUACCUUACAGAGAAGCAUUCAAAGGGACCUUCAUCGCCAAUGGUGGAUAUGACCGUGAGGAAGGGGGCAAGGUGGUCACCGAGGGAUACACUGACCUAGUGGCCUUUGGGCGGCUAUUCCUGGCGAACCCAGACCUGCCAAAGCGGUUUGAGGUCGGCGCAGAACUGAACAAGUAUGACAGAACGACCUUCUACACCUCAGACCCUGUCGUCGGCUACACCGACUACCCCUUCCUUGAAUAA